AGUACGUUGCAUAACUGUUCUCGAAACGGUUCCCUCCCUCCAUCUCAGCUGCUGAUUGGUUUUAUAAGCGGGCUUGUCAGACGUCACAACGGGGGUUACUGUUGUGCUAGGUAGCUAGCCUGAGUAAUACCAGGCGCCGUUUUAUAUAUAUAAUUUUUUUUCCCCAACUCGAGUUUUCUAUUUCUACUAUUUGGCUAAUGUUGGAUAGACCAGCAUGGAUUUCGACGAAUUGUUUAGUGAACGAGCAUUUCAGUUUUCUGACUUUCAGGAGUUUACGUUUCUUCCUGGACAUCAGAAACUGUCAGAGAGAGUGCGGAAGCGAUUGUACUAUGGCCUGGAGCAAGACGGGUCUCCAGAUUCCCUUUCCUGUCCUGUUACAGAUAUUGCUGUGGAACUCCUUCAGAAAUCUGCCCCGAGCCCAAUUCGAAAACUGCACAAGAAAUAUGCUGCUCAUGUCGCGAGGGAGGCGUGCAUCUCUCCAUGUGCCAUGAUGUUGGCCCUGGUCUACAUCGAAAGGCUACGACACAGGAACCCCGAAUACCUGCAAAAGAUCUCCUCCUCGGACCUCUUCCUUAUCUCCAUGAUGGUUGCCAGCAAGUAUUUGUACGACGAAGGGGAGGAUGAGGAGGUGUUCAACGACGAGUGGGGGGCAGCUGGGAAACUGGACGUCCAGACUGUCAACACCCUGGAGAUGAAUUUCCUCGACGCCAUUGAGUGGAGCCUCUUCACUGAGCCCGGGGACUACUUUGGCAUACUGAAUCAACUCGAAACCAGUAUUGCAGAGAAGCAGGGGAUGAAGCGAGGCUGGUUCACCUACACCGACCUCUGUGUGCUACUGGAGCAGGCGGCGUGGCGACAGGCUCUGACAGCCAUCUACCUGCACUUUGCCAAGGUGACCUGCAUGCUGGGGCUGGUGUAUCUGACCAGUGUCGCGGGCCUUAUCGCCACCAGCCUCCCCAGGAGCAGCCAGCCCCUGGCCCCAGUCCGCCAAGUCCACCUGCUGAGCUCCAGCCUCUCUCCACCACCACUAGGCCUGCUCCCAGUCCCAGAGACCACCAGUCCAGCAUCCGACCUCCCUCGCUGCUGCGUCUUGGGCAACGACAGUCACAACCGCCGGCCUGGCACUCUGCACACCCACGACGACCACAACCACGGCUCGCCAACCUCCUCCCAGACCUCUAUACUGUGUCUAUGGGGCUCUAUCCUCACUUCGCUAAGCCACACUGACCCCCACCCCCAGCCUGACACUGAACCAGCCUUGUCCACCUCCUCUCUGCACUGCCCCGGCUGCCAGGUUACAGUGGGGAGCCUCCCUCCUGGCUCCAUCCAGUGCGGCGCACAGAACACCUCUGCUCCGCUACUAGAGCCUGGACACCCUGGCCACCCGGCAGCACCGUGGCUGGCCCCUGCCCCCCUCCUCUACGGAGCUGCCCCGAUGCUCCUGGACUCCCGUCUGACUGGCAUGGCACAGCUCCGUGUCGGACCCUGCUGCCCACAGUUCAUGCUGCCCAUCGAGAAAGCCCCAUCUCUCCUCAUGCCCAGCUAGAUGCAGACGGACAAAACAAGCCACUAUCGUUACCCUUCAAUGACGCCGGACUCCAAAUGAAACCAGCUGGUUUUUCAGAAUGCAUCCGUUGCAGUGAAAGGAAAGUGACAUUUUGUUUUGUAUGUGCUUUUGUUUGUUGCAUAUACUGUCUAAAUUUGAGAUGAGGGCCCAUAAAGGUGAGUAGCACAUUUUGUACAGUGGUUUUCCAGCUGAAUUGGUGUAAAUAAGUAAGAUGAACUCAUAACAGCGUGAGAUCUGAGUUCUGUGCUCAGGCACUUAUCUUUUCAAAUUUUUAUUUUUCAAAGGUUGGAUCACGCAGCUUUUCAAUGGGUGUUUCUAGAAGGUGUGUACAUGGCAAACUAAUAUUUCAUGUUUGGUUUAAAAAUACACAAAAAUAUGUCUAAGCAUGACUACCGUACUCACACAGCGUUUGUUACUACCUAAUCUUUAGCCUUGGGUACCAGAUUUGUUCGUGGAAUGAUGGAACAAACAGACUGGUACCCAGGCUACCUACACUUUACCUAUGUUUGAAAAUGGGGGGGGGGGGAAUGUGGGGGUUGGGCUAAGUCAUGUUGUUAGAUGGAAGAGUUCAGUUUUGAUGUGACAUCAUAGCCAUUUGAGAAUGUUGAGAAAGUAAGUUGUCUCCACAAAAGCAAGGCUGCUUUCUAAGUCAGUACUGUAGUGCUUUAAGAAGGGAGUCAAUUUAGCCUGGUGCCAGAUCUUUUUGUGCUCUUGCAAACUCUUGCUCUCCUUGUCAAGCCAAACAUUGCAUGACAAUGAGCGAGUGACUAGGAGUUGGAUUGAUGGCACAAACAGACUUACACUCAAGCUAGAGACAACUAGCUUGCCUACAUUUGAUUUGCCAUGGAGUCUUUGGGUCAUUAUUUUUCUCAGUUAUUGCAGUUAUUUUUAACAUAUUUAUGCUUUUUUGGGGGUUUGUUAAUAAUAACUAGACCAGCAAAGCCACAGAUGGCUACUGGUCCCUGCACUGAACAACAGUAGAGAUUCAUUUAUUUUUAUUAUUCCCGUGGGGGGGGGGGGGACGACGACAUUAAAUUCAUAUCUCAGUAUGGCUGCCCCUCAAGUCUUGUUCAUUAGGGCACAUCAUAGCGAAAUGCUUUAAACCGCUUUGCAACAGUAAACGAACAUUUGUUUCUGAACAUGACCCUGAACUCUGAUAGCACUGGGUGAGAUGCAACUCUGAGAGUGUAGCUUUUUUUUCAAUUUUUUUUUCAAGUAACUAUUUAUUUUACCAUGACAGAAUGCAGUGGCGCUCUCUGAUUUCAUGGUUUUCCAACAGAAUGCCACCCAACUGAAAUAGGUCAUAACCAUAAGCGUUUUGAAUACGAUGGCGCUUGACAUCAAACAUGAUUGUUUUGGAAAUGUAUCUAAUGAUUGCAAUUUUCAUCCAAUAACCUUUUCAUGGAAACCUAACAUCCUCAUAUGGGUGAGUUGUAUUGUGCAAAACACAAAUUUUCAUUAAAACAUUAUUAUUAUUUUUUUAAGAUCUGUUUUUCAAUUUUUUUCAAUUAAUUAGUAUCCCUCUUUAACAUACCCAUUUGGUUGGGGAGACCUGACCAACAGUAAAAGUCACUCAUACACCAUUUUGUCUUCUCUUCCUGCUCAAAAAUGGAAAAUGUCUUCUUUCUGCAUAGAAAUAGAAUUCCUCGAAUGGGGAUAUCCAUUCUUGAAUGGGGAUGUAAAUUCUAAGUCAUACUGUUUCUAUGUGUCUCAUCUUGGGAAAACAGUUAGCACUUCUCAUAUUUUUCUACUCAAGAUAAAUUCCCUAGCAAGAAACUAUGAUUAUUUCAACAUUUGACUUGGUUUUACAUAGACACGUUUCUAAAUAAAACCUUUUUCAAAUCGGCCUGAGAUUUUGAAGCAUGAAAUCCUUGAAUUUUGUAAACAAUGUACAAAACAUUCAAUGUGUAGAAAUCUGUAAUAAAAUGUUUGACCCUUAAAA